GCCUGCUGCCGCAGCCGCGCCGCCUGCUGCGCCUACCCCUUCGCCGUGCGCACCUUUGUCUUCGCCAUGCCGCUGAGCAUGGCCUGCCCCAUCAUGCUGGAGAGCCUCCUCUUUGACCUGCGCAGCCAUAACCCCACGCUCUUCGUCUACUUCUACCGGCGCUACUGCUGGCUGCUGGUGGUCUUCAACGUCAGCAAAAUCCCCGAGCGGUUCCAGCCGGGGCUCUUCGACAUCGUGGGGCACAGCCACCAGCUUUUCCACAUCUUCACCUUCCUCAGCAUCUAUGACCAGGUGCACUAUGUGGAGCACGGGCUGGCCGAGUUCCUCAAGGCACCCCUGGCUGCCCCCACCUACCUGGGCACUGUGGGGUAUAUGCUGCUGCUGACGCUCUGCCUGGCCAUGGUCGUUAAGAGGUUCCUCAGCGUCGCAGACCUCUGCAAGCAGGACUAG